CAGCAGACCCCGCCUGCGGGCCGGAGGCCGCGACCAUGGUCUCCAAGUCCGACCAGCUGCUCAUCGUUGUGUCCAUCCUGGAAGGUCGCCAUUUCCCUAAACGUCCAAAGCAUAUGCUGGUAGUAGAAGCAAAGUUUGAUGGCGAGCAGCUGGCUACGGAUCCUGUGGACCAUACUGACCAGCCAGAAUUUGCUACUGAAUUGGCAUGGGAAAUUGACAGAAAAGCGCUUCAUCAGCACAGGUUACAACGUACUCCUAUCAAACUCCAGUGUUUUGCCUUGGAUCCAUUAUCUUCAGCCAAGGAAACCAUAGGUUACAUUGUUCUGGAUUUAAGAACUGCUCAAGAAACAAAGCAGGCACCAAAAUGGUACCAGCUGCUGAGUAACAAAUACACCAAGUUCAAGUCUGAAAUACAGAUAAGCAUUUCUUUGGAAACUGACACAAAGGCACCUGCUGAUGCUUUCAAGGCAAAAGGAGCACCCCCCCGCGAUGGGAAAGUACCUGCUGGCCUGUCUGGAUUUGACCCCAAGGACCUUGUGGCAGUGCUGAACGAGGAGGGAGGCUACCAUCAGAUUGGAUCAGCAGAGUGUUGUACUGACUCCUUCAUUAUGUCAGUGACCAUAGCAUUUGCUACCCAGCUGGAGCAGUUAAUUCCAUGUACCAUGAAACUUCCAGAAAGACAACCUGAGUUUUUUUUUUACUAUUCUUUAUUGGGAAAUGAUGUUACAAAUGAACCCUUCAAUGAUUUGAUCAACCCAAACUUUGAGCCUGAGAGAGCAUCUGUUCGCAUACGUAGCAGCGUAGAAGUUCUUCGUGUUUACCUGAUUCUUCAGUCUAAAAUACAGAUCCAUCUCUGUUGUGGAGACCAGUCACUUGGAAGCACUGAAAUACCAUUAACUGGCUUACUUAAGAAGGGCAGUACAGAAAUCAAUCACCACCCGGUCACAGUUGAGGGUGCUUUUACCCUUGACCCCCCAAAUCGAGCCAAACAAAAGCUUGCACCUGUUCCUGUGGAGCUGGCCCCAACCGUGGGAGUGUCUGUAGCUCUACAGAGAGAAGGCAUCGAGAGCCAGUCUUUAAUUGAGUUCAAUACCCAGAAGGAAUAUGAGCCAGAGCAUUCGAAGAAGAGAGCUUUAACCCCCAUCAAGGAGAAGACACAUACUGCCCCCAGAUCACCCGACGUGCCCCCUGCGCAGCCUCACACCCAGUCACCGCCAGCCACCGAGGACGCCACCGAGAGUGAAGUGGAAAGCUUACAGUUUGACAAGGGUACAAAACCAAACCCAAAAGCUAUGAAUGCUGAAUCUGCUCUGGCCCAGCCAGUGAUUACAUCUCAUGCUUCAGAAACAACUUCAGGGCAGAAGAUUGCUGUUCCAGCAACAUCACACCACUUCUGCUUUUCCAUAGACUUAAGGAGUAUUCACGACUUGGAAGUUGGUUUUCCAAUCAAUUGUAUAUUAAGGUACUCAUAUCCAUUCUUUGGAAGUGCAGCACCCAUUAUGACCAAUCCUCCUGUAGAAGUACGAAAAAAUAUGGAAGUGUUUCUACCCCAGUCUUACUGUGCUUUUGAUUUUGCAACUAUGCCUCAUCAGCUGCAAGAUACCUUCUUAAGGAUUCCACUGCUGGUUGAGUUAUGGCACAAGGAUAAAAUGAGUAAAGAUUUACUUUUGGGGAUUGCAAGAAUCCAGCUUUCUAACAUCUUAUCCUCAGAAAAAACCCGCUUUUUAGGUGCUAAUGGUGAACAGUGCUGGCGACAGACUUACAGUGAAAGUGUGCCUGUUAUAGCCGCACAAGGGUCAAGUAACAAAAUAGUAGAAAUUUCUUACACGGUGACUCUAGAAGAUUAUGGACUAGUAAAAAUGCGUGAGGUGUUUGUCUCUGAGUCAUCUCAAGGUUUCUCUGCUGUGCCCCAGAAGCCAUCUUCUGUGCCUCCAGCACUUUGUCCUGCAGAAAUCCAGACAGAGCCUCGUGAAACCUUAGAAUACAAAGCAGCACUUGAACUAGAAAUGUGGAAAGAAAUGCAAGAAGAUAUUUUUGAAAAUCAGCUAAAGCAGAAAGAACUGGCUCAUAUGAAAGCCCUUGCAGAGGAAUGGAAGAAAAGGGACCGAGAGAGAGAGUCAUUGGUAAAGAAAAAGGUGGCUGAAUAUACUAUCUUAGAAGGAAAACUUCAAAAAACCCUUAUUGACCUCGAGAAGAGAGAGCAGCAACUUGCUAGUGCAGAAUCAGAGCUUCAAAGAGACAAGAAGGAACUGCAGUCAGAACGUGAGCGGAACCUCCAAGAACUUCAGGACUCCAUCCGCAGGGCCAGAGAGGACUGUGCUCACCAGGUCGAACUAGAAAGAGUGAAGUUCAAGCAGCUGGAAGAGGACAGACACCGACUGCAGCAGAAGCUUAAUGAAGCUGAAAAUAAGUAUAAGAAUUUGGAAAAAGAGUUCCAACAUUUCAAGGACCAGCAGAGCAACAAACCAGAAAUGCGUCUCCAGUCUGAAAUAAGUCUUCUCACCUUGGAAAAGGUUGAACUUGAAAGAAAGUUGGAAUCUUCAACUAAGUCCAAGCUGCAUUACAAGCAGCAAUGGGGAAGAGCUUUGAAAGAACUUGCCAGACUUAAACAGCGUGAGCAAGAAAGUCAAAUGGCUCGUCUUAAAAAACAGCAGGAAGAGUUGGAACAGAUGAGAUUACGUUACCUGGCUGCUGAAGAAAAAGAUACAGUAAAAACUGAGCGGCAAGAAUUAUUGGAUAUAAGAAAUGAAUUGAACAGGUUAAGGCAACAAGACCUAAAACAGAAUCAGGAUGCCAGAGAAAUUGCAAAUGGAAAAAUGGAUAGCUCACAUGGCAAAGCCUUGGAAGAAGGUUUGGAUGAUUAUUUGACUCGCUUAAUAGAAGAAAGGGAUACUUUGAUGAGAACGGGUGUGUAUAAUCAUGAGGAUCGAAUAAUAAGUGAACUGGACCGACAGAUCAGAGAGGUUUUAGCAAAACACAAUGCCAGUAAUGAAUAACAUAUGGGACAUCUUUACGAAGACCCUCCAAAGAGAGAGAAAUAGAUUUUUAAAUGCUAUUUUCAAUUUUUUGUAAGCAGAACUUUGUAUGGUAUUGUAUAGUAUUUAUUUGAUUUUAUUAACUUUAUGCUACCUCUCCCAUGAUGGUUUUAUUGUAAUUGUUUUUUACAUACUCAUUUGAAAUGAUUCUUCAGUGUUUCUCAUCAUUUAUAAUUUGAUGACUAACUUUCAAAACAGCCUUUCACUAAAUUUGUUGAAGAAAACUGACUGCACUAAUUUUCACUUCUAGAAUUUUGUAUGUUGAGCCAAAAAAACAUGUGUUGCACUUUAACAGUACUAUGUCUUAUGUUCCAUUUUAAUAUAUAUAUCUUAAAACUUGAGACCGAUUGUAGAUAUAACCAGUUUUACUUAACUUGAUUUGGAUGACCUAUCUUAUUUUUUUCUUUGAACUUGUAAUAUUUGCAAGUGACCCGUUUGUAAGCAUAAAUCAAGACAGAGAAGCCAUAUGAUAUAUUGAAUGACAUUAAGUCAUUUAAAUAAAAUUAGUACGUAUUACACUUGUUUUAAGAGCUAUUGAACUUUCAGAUUCUCAGCAUACUCUUUUCAGAAUAUGAAGCAAUAGUUUAGUAUACUUUUCUCUGAUGUCGUGUGCUCAAGAUUACAUUGUUUUCUUUUAUUGGAAUUCGAGGUUUUUCUUCCAACAAUAGUAAUAUUAAUUGUUACUUCAAAUCUCUAAAAUAAUAUGGAAACAGACAUAUAAUCGCAUUAACUAAGAAAAUUGGGUUAAAACCUCACUAUUUUGUACUGCCCCUGCUUUAAUCAAUCAUUUUCCAAAUUCCACAUAAAAUGUUAGUUACUGGGUUUAUGCUGUGCCGUAUCCAUGUAGCUUUAAGGGUUCCUAUAGAUCGUAUCCUGCAGAACCAAUAUUUGUCCCUCCAGCAACAUUUUCUCACCUCCUUCUACAGGGUACUACAAAAGGUUUAUUAGUGGAGGCAUAAAUUAAGUGAGCCUUAUAAAAUAUUUGUAAUUUUAAAAUUCUGAUUCCCAAAAAUAAAAGGUGUAAGUAUAUGCUUUGGAAGUAUAUACCAAUUUUCUGCUAACUUUCAUAAAAGCAGAGUAGGCUAUUUGGUAACAUUAAAGCAGUUAAUUUUCUGUUGUCUUCCAGUGGGCCUAUUUCUUGUUUGUGAAAUUCAAGUUCCUGCACACUUUAUUAACAAAUAACCCAGCAGUAAAUAACAGAAAAAGGAUUUACCUAAUGAGAGACUAAUGAGUCUGAAUCAUAGUGGGAAUUCAGGAUAUUAAUGCCGAUUAGACAUGAUCUCUCAUUGAUUGGGUGGCACAUGAAUGGAACACAAGUAUUCUUUCUGUUUUGCAACUUCUUGGGUAACUUGUGACUGUUAGGUUACCACCAAUAACAUUGUGAGCUGUGCAUGACUGUUUUUAAACACUAGAGGGGGCCUUAGAUUUAAAGACACAAAAAAGGAUUUUUCAAAAACACCGCGUGGUUUAUUUUGCCCUCAGUAACAUGAUCUUUUGCUAUGUAAUUGAACAAAUAAAAUCAUAAUGGUAUCCCUCUUUGA